AUGCCCCCACACAACCCCGAAUUAUGUCAACGUACCAUGUGUGCAAAUUGUCUUGGCUCUCAUUCAGCUUCUGACAAACACUGCCCUUUAUAUUUGCAACAAAAAGAUAUAUUGAAAAUAAAAACACAGAACAAGUGUAAUUAUAAAGAAGCUAAACGUCUGUACAAAAUCCAUAAUCCCACACCCGUUAACUCAAAGCAAUCUUAUGCAUCGGUUGCUAACUCCACACAACCGCAAUCAAGUACACUCAAUUCAAACUCCGUCUCUCUUUCUAACUGUUCAAACAGCUCUAACGACCCAUCGAUUCCAUCACAAACCAAUCAUAACUCUUACUCUAACGGACCCAAUAAAUCAUUCGAUUUGAUAAAAAAUACCAAUAACAACUACAACACAACAGAUCUGCAAGCUCUCUUCUCUUCCUUCAUUACUUCACACAACUCUCUUCCUCUUACUACUCACGACUCUAAUGUAAAUUCAAACCUCUCAUCUUUUUCUACUCAACAAAAUAUAGUUACUACACACACGGUAACUCCCCAAUCUCUUUCGAUACGUAACUCUAUUAAUUCAACACCCAACUCCUCUUUACUCAAUAACGAACAUAACAUUGCUACCACAUGCUCUUCCAAUAACGCUACAUCUCUUUCAUCCAACCUAAAUCCAACAGAAAAACAAUCUCUUACAACCAUCUCUUAUGAGCACUUGGAAUGUGUAGAUUCACAUCUAAGCAACAAAGUGACUAAAGAAACUUAUACAGACAUCCUCAACAGCGACCACGAAGAACCCGUACUAUAG